GGAAAUGGCAACAAUGAGGGUACUAGUGACAGGCUCUACAGGGCUGGUGGGCCAGGCUGUUCAGAGGGUGGUGUCUGAAAACCCUACCGAGGGCGAGGAAUGGAUAUUUGUGUCAACCAAAGAUGCAGAUCUCACGGAUUUCGAAGCAACAGAGGCUCUGUUCCAAAAGCACAAGCCAACCCACGUGAUCCACCUCGCAGCUAUGGUUGGUGGGCUGUUUCGGAACAUGAAGUACCCGGUGGACCUCCUGAGGAACAACUUGCACAUCAACGACAAUGUUUUGUACAACUCGCACAAGUUUGGUGUUCAGAAGUGUGUGUCCUGUCUUUCAACCUGCAUCUUCCCUGACAAGACAACAUACCCAAUCAAGGAAACCAUGCUCCAUCUUGGGCCGCCCCAUCCUUCUAACUUCGGAUUUUCAUUCGCCAAGAGGAUGAUUGACAUUGAGAAUAGGGCUUUCAACAAGCAGUACGGUUGUAAGUUCACUUCCGUCAUUCCAACCAACGUCUUCGGGCCCUACGACAACUUUAACCUGCAGGACGGGCACGUGAUGCCAGGACUCAUCAACAAGAUUUUCAUCGCCAAAAGAGACGACACCCCCUUCACUGUGUGGGGAACCGGAGCAGCAAGAAGACAGUUCAUCUAUUCCUACGACCUCGCCAAGCUGAUCGUCUGGGUGAUGAGGGAGUAUGAAGAGAUUGACCCCAUCAUUCUAUCAGUUCCGGAAGAGGCAGAGAUUUCCAUCAAGGAGCUGGCUGAGAUGGUGAUAGAAGCCAUGGAGUUCACGGGAGAAGUUCUCUAUGACACCACCAAAUCUGACGGCCAGUUGAAGAAAACUGCGGACAACGCCAAGCUGAGGGGAUAUCUGCCGGACUUCAAGUUUACCAACAUGAAACAAGCCGUGAAGGAGACGGUUGACUGGUUCGUCAACAACCAGGACAUCGCCAGGAAGUAGAGCAUCGGCGUCUUCCUCUGCUGUUCCCUAACUUCCAAGCAGAUCUUUCGCGUUCGGUGGCUGCAAAGACAGUAUCAAAUUGACAGGCAGUAUCCAUUUGCUACACAGUUACAGUUUUGCCACCUUCAAUUCUUUGCAGACACCAAAAGAUCUGCCUUGAGAUUAGCACUUCCCAGGAUCAUUUCAUCCUACUAUUGAGCAAAAUUGAUAACAUAAUAAACAGUAUCAAAUUGACAGGCAGUAUCCAUUUGCUAUACAGUUACCAUUUUGCCACCUUCAAUUCUUUGCAGACA